AAGCUACAGUAGGGUUCGUGGGCUCCAAGUCCCGGGCGCCCCGGUCUCGUCCCCGGCUUCUCAUCCCCUCUGCCCGCUGGCUCGGCGCGCGCGGAUGGUGGGAGCGCGGGGCCGUGCGCGCACUGCUCUCCGCCCGCCUCUCCUCCGCGCGGCCGCCGGCUCCGGCUCCCCGGGCCCCUGCCUGGACUCGCACCUCGCCGGUGCCCUUCACUCGCUCUUCCGCGUGAUUUCCCCGCCGCCUUUCUCCACCGACUGGGAAUGCUAGAACGGGACUGAUGGACGUGUCGGAGCUCUGCAUCCCGGACCCCCUCGGCUACCACAACCAGCUACUGAACAGAAUGUCCGCAGAGGACCGGCACCUGGGCUCCAGCUGCGGCUCCUUCAUCAAGACCGAGCCCUCUAGUCCGUCCUCAGGCGUUGACGCCCUCAGCCACCACAGCCCCAGCGGCUCCUCCGACGCCAGCGGCAGCUUCGGCCUGGCCCUGGGCACGCACGCCAACGGUCUGGACUCACCGCCCAUGUUCACAGGCGCAGGGCUGGGAGGCACCCCGUGCCGCAAGGGCUACGAGGACUGUGCUCCCGGUCUCAUGGAGGACUCGGCCAUCAAGUGUGAGUACAUGCUCAAUGCCAUCCCCAAGCGCCUGUGCCUCGUGUGCGGGGACAUUGCCUCCGGCUACCACUACGGCGUGGCCUCCUGCGAGGCCUGCAAGGCCUUCUUCAAGAGGACCAUCCAAGGAAACAUCGAGUACAGCUGCCCAGCCACUAACGAGUGCGAGAUCACAAAACGGAGGCGCAAGUCCUGCCAGGCCUGCCGCUUCAUGAAAUGCCUCAAAGUGGGAAUGCUGAAGGAAGGUGUGCGCCUUGACCGGGUGCGUGGAGGCCGCCAGAAGUACAAGCGGCGGCUGGACUCUGAGAGCAGCCCGUACCUGAGCUUACAGAUUUCCCCACCUGCUAAAAAGCCAUUGACCAAGAUCGUCUCAUACCUCUUGGUGGCCGAGCCAGACAAGCUGUACGCCAUGCCUCCUCCUGGCAUGCCCGAGGGGGACAUCAAGGCCCUGACCACUCUCUGUGACCUGGCAGACCGAGAGCUCGUGGUCAUCAUCGGCUGGGCCAAGCACAUCCCAGGUUUCUCGAACCUCUCACUGGGGGACCAGAUGAGCCUGCUGCAGAGUGCGUGGAUGGAGAUCCUCAUCCUGGGCAUCGUGUACCGCUCGCUGCCCUACGACGACAAGUUGGUGUACGCCGAGGACUACAUCAUGGACGAGGAGCACUCCCGCCUGGCCGGGCUGCUGGAGCUCUACCGGGCCAUCCUGCAGCUGGUGCGCAGGUACAAGAAACUCAAGGUGGAGAAGGAGGAGUUCGUGACACUCAAGGCCCUGGCCCUCGCCAACUCAGACUCCAUGUACAUCGAGGACCUGGAGGCCGUGCAGAAGCUGCAGGACCUGCUGCACGAGGCGCUGCAGGACUACGAGCUGAGCCAGCGCCACGAGGAGCCGCGGAGGACCGGCAAGCUGCUGCUGACGCUGCCCCUGCUGCGGCAGACGGCCGCCAAGGCCGUGCAGCACUUCUACAGCGUGAAAGUGCAGGGCAAGGUGCCCAUGCACAAACUCUUCCUGGAGAUGCUGGAGGCCAAGGUCUGAGGGCCCGGCACACGGACCGAUGCCCGCCCACCGCCAGCCCCACGGACGGACCAGCGCGGAGACCUCCACGGCCACCAGCCUCCACCGUCAGCCCCGUGUCGCCACUCUGAGCUGUCCCAAGGAAGGGGUCUCCUGCGUCCCGGCCGUGUGCGCAGACUCUGGGGUGCAGUGAGGUGGGGGGACCGGGAUGGGAGGGCAGGGGCGUGGGGCUCAUCUGUCACCGGCUUGUUCUUGGGUAUGUUUUUCCUUCUCCAUGGAUGGUGCUGUGGCCUGGGCAAGGGCCACCUCCCCUUGGCAGACUCCCGGGGAUCAGCGGGGACAGCGCCCAUCUCUCCCACCAACCACCGAGAGGCAGCAUGUGCCUUUCCUCACUCCCCCCACCUGUGGGCGGGGCUCAGCGCCUACUGGGCCACCUGGAGGCACAGGGUAGGUUCCCAGGAGACAUCCCAGCAACAUCUCCCACAUGCCCUGCCUGCUCCGAAGCCCACGCCUGCUAUGGUGCAGAGGGCCCUCCAUCCAUCCUCCCGCUCAGCCCGGCACACACACAGCCCUCCAUCUGGGUGCACCCGUGGGAGAGCAACGGCUGGAACUCCCUCGUUUCCCAGGCACUUGCCCCUCAGGCACCCCCACCUGUCACCUCUGCCCCAGCGCCUGCCUGCCCUCUCCCGCCUCCGCCAGGACUCCCAGCUUCUUCCCUAUCUGACGUCUGGGCUCAGUCAGCUUUGGGCCCACAGACAGGGCCAUGCCGGUGCAGAGAGGAGCAGGGUCCCCACCCAACCCCCAGAGCCUUUCUCUGCCUCCCCUCCCCCACUCCCCAUCAAAGCAGGUCCAGGCCAGGGGGUCUGUGGGAAGUUCCAGAGCCUGCUGCCAUCGUGGGGGCACCUGGGGGCUCUGACUCGAGGUUGGCAGCCCUGCUAGGGUCAAGGCCAGGACAAGCACGAGAAGAAAGCCCAGCUGCGGAUACACGGGCAGGGAGCCCUGCGGAGAAGGGGCUCCACGGGGUCGCCAGCAUCUCAUCCUGCCUGGCUCCGGGGCGACAGCACCAGACACCCUUCCCUGCCUCCCCAAGGCCGGGGGCACCUGUGCCACCUAGAGCUUGCCCCCCCCCCCCCCCGGCUGCUGCAGAGGUCACCUGCCCUCCUGGUGUGCAUAAGACAUCCCCACUUUUCAACACAGGAAGCUCCCGUGCCGCUGUGGAAGUCAACCCCGCACACUCGGCUGUGUUCCUGGACGGCCAAGCUCUGUGGGCGGGGUCUCCGGGGAUGAGGGGCUUGAGCUAUGAAGGAGAAACGCCCCUUGCCCUCAGUGCUGAGGGCCAGACCUCCAGACCUCCAGGGCGUGGCUCAGCGCUGCCCUAGAGGCAGCUCCUGCUGGUCCCACCUCCGCUCCCGGGAGCCUGCGGCUGAGCUGCCGGGCUGGGCCCUGCGGAGGUCCUGGCAGACCGGCAGCCCGGGUUCUGCAGAGCCGUUCUCUGAUGUGGUCCCUGCUUGGAGAGCAUCAAGGACUCUGCCAGCUCUCACAGGGCAGUGCCACGUGCGCCCUGCCGGCCUUUGCCCUGCGGGGAAUCCCCGGUCUAAGUCGCUUGAUGAGGGAACAUUGCCAUUCUCAUCCGGGCAGCUGCACACAUCUAGGGCAGAGGUGCCUGCUGGGUACCAAGGAACCUGGGCUAAACACCAGGUCUAACUUGGUGGUUAGACCUUGAGGCAUAACCUUUAGGAGUCUGACUCCCUGGGGGAUAGAACGGGGGUGGGGGUGUUGUGUGCUGGGGGAGCUGUUAGAGAGGGGCGCCCCCUGUUCUCUGCACUGUCACUCUGGUCAAAUGAGGUGUCCAGACCGUCCACAGUGCCAUCAGGGGCUUGUGUGCUGCUGGUAUCUGCGGCUCAUCCUUACAUUGCUGGCACUGUGUUUGGCGUGGGUGGAUGUUGGGCACGUGGAGAGAGCCGUGCUCACUGGUUCCAGUGCUGCAAGUGCACGGAGGUUACAGAAGGGGCAGCGGGCCUGUACACUGGGAAUUGCAGCUGGAAGUGUGUCAGGAACACAGGGAAUGCUGUCCGGUGGGAACGCCCCUGGCAUGCGCCUGCUGGGCUAGUGGGCAUUCAGGAGAGAGGUUCAGUGUCCAGCUUCUUUGGAGGCUAGGUCAGAUGUGGGGCCUCCCUGGGGAGUGGAGGGGACAUUCCGUGGGAGAUAGCGAAGUGAGGAGAAGUUAAGAGGCCCUGGCUCCUCCCCCAAACACUGGAACCCAAGUUCACGUCCUAAAGUCUGUAAAGAAACAGCCCUUCUCCGUUGUACUCAUGCUACAGGUCUUUUGAAUUGAGCCGAGAAAUAAAACAUGAAAUCCAACCAUGA